AGAGAGAGAGAGAGAGAGAGACAGAGACAGAGAGACAGAGAGAGAGAGAGAGAGGAAACACAAGGCAACAAUACAGGAGGUUAGUAAUCAGCUUGGCGAGUUAGCAGCUUGUUUCCUGGAGUGAGUCGUCCCAGCUGAACACCGUGGAGAGAACAGGAACCAAUCAUCUCUUCUUGUGUGUGUGUAUCUGUCCAGACAGAGAAAAGUGGGAUAGCAGGAGCUAGUUUUUGGGAAGAAAGCUGGACCACAGAUCCUCUGCCAACUGAAUGAGGAGCAGCACCAGAAGCAGACAAGAAGAAGAGAAACAUACCGUGGACUAAUUGAAGAGAGUUUGACAACUUCAAGAAGAGAAACAUACCGUGGACUAAUUGAAGAGAGUUUGACAACUUCAAGAAGAGAAACAUACCGUGGACUAAUUGAAGAGAGUUUGACGACUUCAAGAAGAGAAACAUACCGUGGACUAAUUGAAGAGAGUUUGACAACUUCAAGAAGAGAAACAUACCGUGGACUAAUUGAAGAGAGUUUGACAACUUCAAGAAGAGAAACAUACCGUGGACUAAUUGAAGAGAGUUUGACGACUUCAAGAAGAGAAACAUACCGUGGACUAAUUGAAGAGAGUUUGACGACUUCAAGAAGAGAAACAUACCGUGGACUAAUUGAAGAGAGUUUGCACCUGAUGGAAUGAGAAGAGACUGAAGACACACAAAGAAACUGAAAGAGAAAGUCAAGGAGAGAGAGAGAAAGAGAGACCCUUCUAGUUAAUCAAGAUAAGACUCUUUCGGUGUUCUUCUCUGCUCUGCCAAGUGUGACAACUCUCCAUCUCCCCUCUCCACCUCCACCUCCCCCUUCUCCCUCUCCUCCCCCUGUCCUCAUCUCACCUGAGAUGGGCCGGCUGCUGGCCCUGGUCUACCUGGUGUACCUGUCGACUGCUGUGAUUGGCUCAGAGAAGCAGCAGCACCGGGUGCAGCAUGGACCCUGCAGUUACACCUUCAUUCUCCCCGAGGUGGAACACUGCCAGCCCCUCAAAGACUUCCAGGUCACCAACUCCCUCCAGAGGGACUCCCCACCACCGCCACCGCCAGCCCCGGACCCAGGAUCGAGUCACCCUGAGCAGGACAAAGCCCAGCCCGCUAGGUCCUCAUGGCAGGAGAGGAAGCUGGAGAGUCUGGAGAGCUCCACAGAGAAUAAUACACAAUGGUUGCAGAAGCUGGAGAGGUCCAUCCAGGAGAACCUGCGUUCUGCGAUGGAGGAGAUGAAGAGGAACGCUGUUCACACCCAGACCGCGGCCAUGUUGGAGAUUGGGACCAACCUCCUCAGCAAAUCAGCUGAGCAGACCCUCAAACUGACAGAUGUGGAGACCAAGGUGCUGAAUCAGACCAGUAGAAUGGAGAUUCAGCUGUUAGAGUAUUCUCUGUUCACUAACCGUCUAGAGAAACACGUCCUCCAGCAGAAUCAGGAGAUCUCACGACUCAAAGAUAAAAGCAGUUUGCUAGAGCAAAGGUUCUCAGCUUUAGAGGCCAGGCACGUUAAGGAGCUCCAGGAUCUUCAGAAGGAGAAACAGCAGUUGCAGGACAUGCUGGAGAGACAGAGGCGCCUGGUCACCCAGCUAAAUGGAGAGCUGGGGAGCUCCACACACAACAGCACACUACUGCAGAAACAGCAGACUAUACUGACUGACACCGUGCAGCAGCUGCUAGCCAUGGUCACCCACUGCAACGAUAUACCCACUACACCCAAAGAGGAGCCAGUGAUCUACAGAAACUGUGCUGAAAUCUACAGAUCUGGGCUCACAGAGAAUGGUGUCCACAGCAUACGACCCCCUAACUCUACCCGCACAGUUAAGGUGUUCUGUGAUAUGAAGACGAGAGGUGGAGGCUGGACUGUGCUGCAGCAUCGUAGAGAUGGAGCCGUGGAUUUCCACCGUGGAUGGAGGGAUUACAAGAUGGGUUUUGGGGAUCCCUCGGGAGAGUACUGGGCAGGAAAUGACCUCAUCCACCUGCUGACCAGCUCCCAAGAGUACAGUCUCCAGGUGCAGCUGAAGGAUGCUGACGGGAACGAAGCUUACUCCCACUAUAAUCACUUCUACAUAGACGCAGAGAACAAAAACUACAGUCUCCAUGCCCAGGGGUUCAGUGGUACCGCUGGCCGCACCAGCAGUCUGACCCAGCCUGGGACCCAGUUCAGCACCAAGGACCGAGACAACGACCGCUGCUCCUGCAAGUGUGCCCAGAUGGCUUCUGGAGGUUGGUGGUUUGAGGCGUGUGGCCCCUCCAACCUGAACGGUAUCUACUACUCUGGCGUCUCCAACGUGGUCCGUUACAACGGCAUCAAGUGGUACUACUGGAAGGGACCCAGCCUCAUGACUACAGUGACCACCAUGAUGGUUCGACCCGCAGGCUUCUGAGGCACAACGGCGGCGAUCGCCGAUGACGUCACCCCAACUGACUAAAUCACAGACUGAAAUGAGCGCUUCUCGAAUAAUGAUGUUUGCCAGACAUGUGGAAUGUGAUACUUGAGUUGGUUUUUAAUGGACUGUGUUUGAGAAAAACAGAUCUGUUAUUUUCUGAAAAUGUAUUCUGUCUUAGAAACGCUUCCCGCUGAAAUGGCACACACCGUAAAUGUGUGUUUUAGAAUGGGAUUGUACAUAUAUUGUAGAUGCAUAAUGGUAUAUUAUGGCUUACUGCUACUCCACUUUCACUGUCCAGAACACUUUAACAGCAAUUCUUCCUGACUGUUUCCCGCUAUGCCACUCAGAGAUGCUUGUAAAACCUUUUUUUUAAGGAGAUAAUUAUCCUCAUAAAAGUACAUGAUAAAUAAACACAGGUGUUUCUACAAGC